CUUCCUCCCGUUAAGCCCUCUGCCAUUGCGCUGGGCACCUUCUUCAACCACGCCGUCUCCCUUGCCGUUCUCGGCCCCGUUUUCGGUGACGCCUACCGCCGCGCCCAGCAGGCCAACUCUAAGGAGGAGUAUUUCCACAGCAAAGAGGCUGCCACCGCUGCUGCAUCAUGGGGUAGCUCUCUGCUCGGCUCUGCCAUCCAAUCCUACGGUGUUGGCGCUUUGAUUAAUGCUACCGGAACCCUCACCUACAAGGGCGCUGCUUAUCUGGGAUCCCUCAUCUUCUUUGCCUCCGCUGCUCCCUCAAUCGUCUCCCAAGUCGUCACCGAGAAGCGCCCCUUGGACACCAUUGCCAUCGGAGCCCUUGCCCGCGUCCUCGAAACCGUCGGUCUCUCCCUCUUCCUGACCUACUGGGGCACCCGCACCAACCCCUUCGACUAA